UGCUGUUGCUGAGGUUGAAGGAAUCAAACCCUUAGUAAAUACCUUGAACGCUCAGAGAGAUGGAGCCAUUGCUAAUGCUGCUACAGUGCUAACAAAUCUGGCCGUGCAGGAGCCAUUCCGCAUAAGUAUCCAGAGCCGUGGCGUUAUGACUGCGCUUGUAGAACCGUUGCGCUCAACCAACAGCCAAGUGCAAAGCAAAGCAGCGUUGGCUGUGGCUGCAUUUGGUUGUGAUGCUGAUGCAAGAACUGAGUUGAGAAAUGCAGAUGGACUGGGACCACUCACUGAACUGCUGCAUUCUAAGAAUGAAGAAGUCAGAAGAAAUGCCUGUUGGGCUCUUAUGGUCUGUGCAAGUGAUGAACUAACCACUGCUGAACUGUGCAGGCUAGGUGCUUUAGACAUCCUGCAAGAAAUUAAUCUAUCAACACGGCGCAAAAAUAACUUUAGUGAAGCUGCUCUGGAAAAGCUACUUGAUAACAAUCUUUCCCAAAAGUACAGCCAGAUGGGAUAUUUAUCAUCGAAUAAUAUCAUUACUGAUGGAUUCUAUGAUUGUGGUCAGAUAAAACGUGGAGUGAAAUUUUUAUCUUUGGAGGAACUGAGUAUGCAAGAGCUUACUGACCGUCGGGCCAUAAUCUUCAUUAAUGCCAAACCACAAAAAGAUCUUGCAGUAGAGGAGGAGGCACAAGAUUCAUCUUAUGAACAGACUAUCUUGUCGCCUUCUGUUUCAAGAAAAGGCAGUAAGGAAAAAGCAAGUUCAAUGGUAUCUCCAAUGGAGGAAAAGCAGGUGUUACCGCAACAAAGUUCACUUAGCAAAAGCAGCACUAGAGUAAAAGGCUUAAGAAAAGGAAAGGGGAAAAAAGAAGAGGAAAAAUCAAAAGAAGUUACUCAGAUUACAUCUAAAGUCCAGGAUGAAAUAAAUCCAGAAAAAUCACAUUGGCUACCACCACCUGACUUCAUUUUGCUGGAUUACAUUAAUGAUGCUUCUAAAACAAUUCUACCACUAAUUACUACCCGGGAACAGGUUGUGGCUCUUGCACGGUUUGUUGCAGACAAGAUGGGUGGCCCAAUUGAAAGAGACAAACUACGUGACUUCAGCUGGGAACUUCACAUAAGUGAAAUAGAGUUUGAACUGAAAUGCAACGUUGUGCCUGUCGGGAAAGUCAAAAAAGGGACGUUCUGCCACAGGGCUUUACUUUUCAAGGUGAUAGCAGACAGAGUUGGCAUUGGCUGCAGUUUAGUUCGUGGCGAGUAUAACAGAGCUUGGAAUGAAGUUAAAUUGGUUGAUGACUCUCCUCAAGGAAUAGCUGGGCUUCUGCUUCCUCCUCAAGAGUAUAUUGUAGAUCUAAUGUUUGAGCCAGGCUUUUUGAUAAAACAGGGAAGUGCAGAGGCAGAUCAGUACACACGUAUCUGA